AUGGAAGACUCAUUCCCCCCACCUUUCCGCACCGCCCGUCUACAAUUCCACCCGAUGGUCGACGCCGACGCGGCAGGCAUCCACGCCAUCCGCGGUUUAGAGGAGGUCAUGAAAUGGAGUCUAAAAAAAGUCCCUGAUGCGGAUCUCGCGACGACAAGGAAGUGGGUGGAGGAGUACCUGAGGCCGGAGCCGCGGACGCCUGGGAAUGUGGGGUAUGUGCUUCGGGAGAUUGGGUCUGGGUCUGGGUCUGGGUCUGGGUCUGGGUCUGAGUCUGAGUCUGAGGCUUCUGGGGCGGGUGGAGACGGAGAUGGGAAGGGUGAGUUUCAGUUACUCGUCUUGUUUGGGGCGUACGUCUAUGUGUGGUUGGAGGCUAAGAGACAGGCAGGCCGGAUUAUCGCUUCUAUUGGCUUGCACUAUGGACUCAUUGAGGAGCUGGGGGAAAAGCGCUGGGAGCUGGGGUAUAUCUUUCACCCUGACUUCUGGGGGAAGGGGUAUGCGACUGAGGCUGUGAGGGGGUUGAUGGGUGCGUGGCCGGGGAUCUAUCAGAGAGUUAAUUGGGGGGAUGUUGUGCAGCAGGAGCGGAGCGGAGAGGUGGUUGCCAUCACGGACGACGGCAAUGAGCCGAGUAAGCGUGUUUUGAGGAAGUGUGGGUUUGAAGCUAUGGAGGAGUUUGUGGACCAGGAUGGGACAAAGUGUGUGGCUUUUGUUUAUAGGGGUUAG